GCCUUGGGCCUGAUCCCGCUGGGCUGUUCUUAGGAGGCGCAGCCAGGGUGGCGUGGCACACCAGACAGCUGGGUCCCAGCGCCCCGACCACCUUGCCGACCUCGCUCCAGCUAAGCCUGCCUGAAACCCCACACUGCGGUGGGCAACCUGGGGCUGGAGCCCCGAGCUGGACAGCCAGCCGGCGCUCCCCCGCCUUCUCCGCUGCAGGGCGCUUCGUCCCGCCAGCAGCAGAGACGACCCCCCCCCGCUCCCGCUCCCCCUCCCCCUCGGUAUGUCUCGCCUGUGAUGGGGAAGGGGUGGGAUGGAAAAAAGGAAGGAAAGGAAGGAGGAGAAGGAGGAGGAGGGCGGCCGCGAGGGGCGGCAGCGGCGGGGAGGAGCUGCUGGCAGCGGGCGCCUUUCCAUUCCAUGCAUCCGCGACCCUCACGCUCAUUGCCCGGAGAGAAAGAAGUCGGAAAGGCCGUCCAGCAGCCUCUCCUCCUCCUCCUCCUCGUGAAGUCCCGCCGGCGGCUGCAGAAGAAGGACUCGGCAAGAUGUUGUGGAAGAGCCUCUCCGUCGUCGUCGCCGUCCUGCUGCUGGGGAUCGCCUCGGGCUCGCCUCGGGCGGAGGAGGAACCAGUGAGUAAAUCCAGAAUCUGUGCCAAUGUUUUCUGUGGGGCUGGCCGGGAGUGUGCGGUGACAGAGAAAGGUGAACCAACCUGCCUGUGCACUGAGAAAUGCAAACCUCACAAGAGGCCGGUUUGUGGCAGCAAUGGCAAGACAUACCUGAACCACUGUGAGCUGCACCGUGAUGCCUGCCUCACUGGCUCCAAGAUCCAGGUGGACUAUGAUGGCCACUGCAAAGAAAAGAAGCCUGAGAGCUCAGCUAUAAGCCCAGUUGUCUGCUACCAGACUGACCGAGAUGAACUUCGGCGUCAUGUCAUACAGUGGCUUGAAACUGAGAUAAUUCCUGAUGGUUGGUUCUCUAAAGGCAGCAACUACACAGAAAUCCUAGACAAGUACUUCAAGAACUUUGAUGAUGGAGAUUCUCGUCUGGACUCCAGUGAGUUCCUGAAGUUUGUAGAACAAAAUGAGACAGCUGUCAACAUCACCACCUAUAUGGAUCAAGAGACCAACAAGCUGCUUAGGGGACUCUGUGUGGAUGCCCUCAUUGAGCUCUCUGAUGAAAAUGCCGACUGGAAGUUGAGCUUCAGUGAAUUCCUGAAGUGCCUCAAUCCAGCCUUCAACCCACCAGAAAAAAAAUGUGCCCUGGAAGAUGAAACAUACGAGGAUGGAGCAGAGACCCAGGUGGAGUGUAACCGCUGUGUCUGUGCCUGUGGAAACUGGGUGUGCACUGCCAUGACUUGUGAGGGUAAGAACCCAAAGGUGUCUUCUCAGGGGCAGCAGCCUGAAAGUAAGCUGACUGAAGAGGAGCUGGCCAGAUACGUUCAGGAGCUGCAAAAGCAUCAGGAGACAUCUGAGAAGACCAAACGAGUGACCACCAAAGAGAUAUAAGGGGAACUUGCAAGCAAAGCUGUCCAAAGGCAGGGUGUGUUGCCUGACUCACCCACCCGAUCUGCCUUCAGUGCUGAUCUCAAUAUGCAAACGUGUUUAGGAUUGAUUGCCCAGUCACAGAUAUUUACAAUGUAUAGCAAUGGGAGGGGGACAAAGAGAAAGGAGGGUUCUUCUGAUAUUUAAAAGAAAAACAAACCUUUUAUUGUGGUUUUUACGGUGAGAUUAAAGAGCUGCACUGAUGGGGAUUAGUGAGGCUAACAAACAAACUGGAGCUCUUGGAACUCAGGGGAAGAAGCAUCACUGCUACCUGUGAUCAUGGCCUUUGAAAGCGCUCUGCAGGAGUUUAUGUCUGAUAUGGGAGUCCAGUCCAGUAAAUGGCUUGCUUCCUCCUGGGAAUAUCCUUGACCGCCUAUAAGCAAUUUCCAUGACUGCAGGAACUUGGAAGGAAAUGCCUGUGGCUAAGCAUAUACUCAAUGGGAUAUUGCUAUACCUCAUGACAUCCCAUCUUGACAUCUGGCCUUCCUGUUUUCAUCCUCUCUGCCCUUCUCUAUCCAUACCCUCUUUGGAUCAAUUUAGUUCUUCUUCACCUCCUCUCCCACUGCAGAUGCCUCUGGCCCUUUAGAAUGGUUACUUGUAUGUGUGGUUUCCUAAUGACUUCAGACCAGCCUGCUUCUUCCUUCCACAAGCCAGAUAGCCCCAGCACAAUGUGGGCUCCAAAGUGACCUCAUUUUCUUUCCCCCUCUCUUUGCAAAGGUGCUACAGUAUAUUUUCUUAUCACACGUUCACAUUGACUUUUUUAAUUAAUGACUUUUAAUUGAGCUUUUUGUAUCUUUGAUUUAUAGGUAUUGUUUAUAGUUACUGAAAAAUACUAUGCUGCUUCUGGUUCAUGCUUUGUAUUAUAGCUACAUGUAUCCAAGAAGUAAAAGGGACCCCAGAGCAAUGGGGGGCCUUCCAGAUCUGUUAUUUCAGCAUCAUUUAUAGUAAAGAGCCAUGGUUCAUGCAUGAGUAGAGCAGAAGAAGGUUUUCAGAGAAGCCUGAGCCCAAGAUUCAGCUUGCCAGCAGGCAGAACAUCACAGGCUCUGCACUGCCUACUGCCACCCCACCGAGUCGCUCCUUCAAGGAAGGGAUUGUUUCCUUCACUUCAGGAGGAACUGUGGGGAGGGGUCAGCCCUGUUAAUUAAACCGAAGGAAACAGAAAUGUUUGCCUGGCAUAUAGUCAAUUCUCUCUGUGCCUUGGGGAGGAUAGGGUAAGUAACUUGUCUUCACUCUGUAUUCUGAAAGCAGUUCUGGAAACUUGAAGCCACUCAAGAGAAACGUGCACAGCUGGGAUUUGCAAGCUAGAUUUGCAGAGCUAGCUGCUCUGAAGUUUUCUGAUCAAGCUUUUCCCAUCUAGUGAAAGGGAAGAACUACUUUCCAGGUAGGGUAGGGAGGCAGCACAAGGCCAUCAGCCCACUGCAUUUCUUGGUGUGAAAUCAGAAUUUGUCCCAUGCUGUUUAGGAAUGUUGGCAAUAAAAUCCGGGGACUUGGUCUCCUUACAUUGGUAUAGUAAACGUCAA